GAUCGGAUCAGUGUCACCCCCAUUGUCCCGCCGUGGCAAAGUGGGCGGAUAGCAGUGUCUCCUCCUGCCCAAUGGCAGCCGCGAUCCUCGUGAGAGCGCAGAAGAGGCACUUUUCUGCCAUGCAGAAUCCCUAAAACCAUCAUCGCUCCGGCUCGGCUCGGAGAGCCCACAGCAGCGCGCGUCAAAGAGCCUCGGCUGCUGAGAGAUGUCAGAGCCAACCUCGGCGCACACACGGCCCUGCUGGGAGCUCGGAGCUGCGUAGGGAGCGCCGCGCAAGGAGAAUCUCUGGUGUCUCUCUUUCUUUUUCUCUCUCUCUCUCUCGAGCGGACAUAAAAGAGGGAAUAUACAUAUUUUUUUUUAUUAUUUUGCCUACUUGUAUCGGUGUCGUCUCACUCCUGUCCGAGCGUGGCCAUUCGCUCAAUGUCAUCAUGAUCAUCAUCUCGUCGCGCAGUGUACUGCUGUCAGUCUACUACCCGCAGAUCUUCCUGAUCCUGACGAGCGGAAGCUACCUGGCCCUGUCCUCGGUUGUGGCUCUGGGUGCCAACAUCAUCUGCAACAAGAUUCCGGGGCUGGCACCUCGCCAGCGGGCCAUCUGCCAGAGCCGCCCAGACGCCAUCAUUGUUGUGGGCGAAGGCGCCCAAAUGGGCAUCAAUGAGUGCCAGUACCAGUUCCGGUAUGGACGCUGGAACUGUUCGGCGCUCGGAGAGAGGACGGUCUUCGGUCAGGAGCUUCGAGUAGGCAGUCGGGAAGCAGCUUUCACCUAUGCCAUCACGGCAGCGGGGGUGGCCCACGCCAUCACGGCCGCCUGCAGCCAGGGCAACCUGAGCCAGUGCGGCUGCGACCGGGAGAAGCAGGGCUACUACAACCAGGAGGAAGGCUGGAAGUGGGGCGGCUGCUCGGCCGACAUCAAAUACGGCAUCGAGUUCUCGCGGCGCUUCGUGGACGCCCGGGAGAUCAGAAAGACGCCCCGCCGCCUGAUGAACUUGCACAACAAUGAGGCAGGCAGAAAGGUUUUGGAAGAAAGGAUGAAGCUGGAGUGCAAGUGCCACGGCGUUUCCGGCUCCUGCACCACCAAGACCUGCUGGACGACGCUCCCGAAGUUCCGCGAGAUCGGCUACAUCCUCAAGGAGAAGUACAACGACGCCGUGCACGUGGAGGUCGUGCGGGCCAGCCGGCUACGCCAGCCCACCCACCUCAAAGUGAAGCAGACGCAGGGCUACCGCAAGCCCAUGGAGACGGACCUCGUUUACAUCGAGAGGUCGCCCAACUACUGCGAGGAGGACACGGCCACGGGGAGCGUGGGCACCCAGGGACGCCUGUGCAACCGCACGUCGCCGCACACGGACGGCUGCGACCUCAUGUGCUGCGGCCGCGGCUACAACACGCACCAGUACACCAAAGUGUGGCAGUGCAACUGUAAGUUCCAAUGGUGCUGCUUCGUCAAAUGCAACACGUGCAGCGAGAGGACGGAGGUUUUUACCUGCAAGUAAAAGGCCGCAAGGAAUGUCGUCAUCGGCGGGCGAAACGCCAAGGACUAGUUGAACAAAGACCCGACAGAGCGAGAUGUCCGCACGUCUUCGAGCAGUGAGAGAUUGUAUAGCUAAGCGAAUGGGAUUUAACACUAUCAGCUCUUCGUGGCGUCGUUUUGCACAGCAGAAUCUUAUCUAAUUGCUUUUCAGAAAGUAAUUGCUAAGUAUCAGUAGAUCAUAGCCCAGAACUUUGCUGUCAGAUAGGGAUUUGUGCUCUUGUGCUGAUGUAUCCACAGUGAAGUUGGGACCACCCGUAAGGAAGAAGGCGGCCCUCGGAGGGGACUGGUGCUGCAGUCUGGUGGGGUUUGAGGGCGGGGGAGGAAUACACGCGUCGGUGUUUGGGAGGACCUCAAGAGAUGGACGAGAAUGACAAAAAAUGGCCACAGCUGAUUUGAGGUGACUGGGGGGGGGAGAUCUGUCAAAUCUAUGAUUUAAAGAAAAAAAAACAAAAAAAACAACAACUUUUAUAGAUCUUGUUGUAUCUCCGCUAAACGGGAGCGUAACUGAUUCUCGACCCGCACCCUCCCAGAUUGUCUGGGGCCGGUGUCAGAGGCCGAGAAAUGAAGAACAUGAUGUAAAAGCGUGGUGCAAUGUGUUGCACCAAAGUUUCGAGUGGGGAACUCUGUCAAACCCUUUGCUGCCAACUGGAAUACGGUGGAGAAUGUUAGUUUUCCAGUUACACUGGAACUGUCUGUUCUGAACACUGAAAAUAAAUUGUCUAUUUAUGUUAUAGUAUCUUAAAACAAAAGCACUAACGGGUAGAGAUGUCUUUUUUUUGUACUAAAUGUAAUAAGAAAUACAUUUUUAGAAACUAUUAGGAGAUGACCACGUCGUUUCUAAAACAUUAUCUUUUAGAAAAGGAAAGGGGAGAAGAAAAGAAAAAAAAAAAAAGCUUUUAUUGCUACUGUUGUGUUGACAGCAAAAUACAUAAUUCCCGACUUUAUAGUUUGAAGUUUCUUUUUCUUUCAUUUCUACGCCGAUGUCCGAAAAUUCACGUUUUCAUUCGGGGAGGAGUGUAGUUGUCAGAAAAAGAAUCGCCACCGGAGCAUGGUAAAUAAACAAAACUGCACAAUCAUGCAAGGUUUUAUAUUUUAAACACGGUGGGUGUGGAAUUACAACAUAAAGCAUCGCAGAAAAAUGAUUUGUUUCACUCCUUCGGUGAUGAAGUGAAACCCAAACGAUUUGUCCUCAGGCUCCUCACAGAGUGGCACAUUUCAAGCGUUCAUUUUUGCAAAUAUUAAAGAUUAUAUCACAAUAUCUGAGUGUUGCAUGGAACCAAUGUGUAAAAUAUCUUAAAUCCAGAAAUGUUAGACAAUAAGAAAAUCUGACAGUGGCUUGAUGUCCUCUGCUGGGACAAAAACACAUCACUGCUAAGGAAGCUGGCAGGUCGGUGUGCUGGAAGGUUGAGUGGUAGGAAAAAGUGCAGCAACAAAAAGAGCACAUGCAUUUGGGAUGACCGCAGCCUUAAAAAGAUUGUAAAAACAACGCCGGUUCAAGAGUUUGGGUGCAGAAAUGACAUGCUGAGUCAUUUGUACUUGAUGACCAAUGGCUGUAACUUUGGCUAAGGAAAGAAGAAAAUGACUGGACUGCUGCUCAGAUGGUCAAAUGUCCUGUAGAUGGAAAUAGAUUUUAAUAAUCUGGAUCUGUGCCUCCAUGGCAACAGCAAUUCAAGCCAAAGUGAACACGGAGAAACGCAUACUACAAAAAACAUAGAAAUAGGUUUUAAGUGGGAUGACGUUUCUGAAUAACACACACACAAAAAAUAAUCGAUUUUAUUGGUCUUAUAUUCUGCUUUUCUGGAUUUGGUGUUUUUACAGCCUUCACAGUCGGAUGAUUUUAUUAAUCCAGACAAUGGUAUUAAUUUCAGGAAACCUCAUUUAUUGUUCUUAUCGUAGCGUUCUUGGUCUCAUCGGAAUACCAAAAUAUAGCAAACCAGUGCAGAACAUGCACUUCAGAUGUUGGAUCUACUCAAAUAAUAAAGUCUAAACAAUUUAA